CACACGCGCGCGCAGACACAGUGGUGGGAGGAGCUACAGCUCUCGCGGCUCAGAGUUUGUCAGUUUGUUAACACCGCGGCCGAGAGUGUGUCGGGGAGAGUCUGUCUGCUGGAGACUGAGAACUACAGUAUUUACCGAAGCACCGGGAGGGCUGAAGGAAUCUAAGAGCGUCAGAAAGAAAUUGCUGCCUGUAAUAUCAUCUCAGCUGUAUCCAUCCUCCAAGUUUGAAGUUGAAGUGAGUUCCUCCUGCCACAAGACACACCAACACUUUCAGAGGUCAUUGAGAUCAACAAAUAAUCACCAAUACAUUUCCACUGGUGCAUGAGAAAUGCACUUGUCCAUGCCCCAACCCUGUGAACUGGGUCUAUAGUGGGGGUUAUGGUGGCUCAGCUCUGGGAUCCACAUGCUGCAGUAAUCCAGAAAGGGUUAGGAUAAAGCCUGGCUUCGCCUCACUCUCUGCCUCCUCCCAGAUCAGAUGAGAUUAGGAGAGAGCUAAGGAGCUCUGAAGGAAGGCAGGGCUCAGAAACACUGAGGCUGAGGAAAGGAGGGACACAGCAAAGCAGGUGGGCAGAGGAGAAAGUGGGAGAGCAGAGGCAAGUUCACGUAAGACUCUCAAGACUGCGGGCUGGAUGUUGGUGCACACGGAGUAGCAUUGCGGCUGAAGAGAGUUUGGAUGUGUGCAGUGAGCGAGCCAUGCCAAACUGAUACUGGAGUAACUGAGCUGACAGUGGCGCCAUGUAUUGAGGACUGACUUUUUUAACACUAAACUACCUGGAGCCCGCUGAAAUUCUUCUUUGGCUGUCAGAGGAAGUUGUUUUGGCAAUGGGGAGGAAGAAGAUCCAGAUCACCCGAAUUGUAGAUGAGAGGAACCGCCAGGUGACUUUCAUGAAGAGGAAGUUUGGUCUGAUGAAGAAGGCCUAUGAGCUGAGCGUUCUGUGUGACUGUGAAAUUGCCCUCAUCAUCUUCAACAGCUCCAACAAGCUGUUCCAGUAUGCCAGCACUGACAUGGACAAAGUUCUUCUGAAAUACACCGAGUACAACGAGCCACACGAAAGCAGAACCAACUCUGACAUUGUAGAGGCCCUGAACAAGAAGGAGCACAGAGGCUGCGACAGCCCUGAUGCUGACUCCUCCUACGUCCUCACCCCCAACACUGAGGAGAAGUACAAGAAAAUCAAUGAAGAGUUUGACAACAUGAUGAAGAGUCAUAAAAUUUCCACAGGCCUUCCACAGCAGAACUUCAUGCAUGUAGCACCAGGUGGCUUGUCGUACAGCUCUGGUGCAGGAGGACCAACAUCACAAGCUCUAGCUGCAGCCACAGCAGCUCUGGCCGACAGUGGGAUCCUCUCCUCACCUCACACACACCUCCACAGAAACAUAAACUCUCCUCAAAGACCUACCAGCACUGGAAACACAGGUGGCCUGCAGGGCAGUUCUGAUCUGGCUCUACAAAAUGGAUCUGGACCAGUCGUGAACGGUUAUGUGAGCUCACCUGGUGGAGGCAGCUUGGGGAAGAUCAUACCGCCCAAGUCUCCUCCUCUUCCACCUCCUGGGAACAGCCUGGUCCCCAACAGCCGCAAGACAGACCUCCGAGUGGUCGUGCCUCAGUCCAAAGGAAUGAUGCAAGCACUUAGUAACCAGAGGCUGAGCAGCAGUCAGUCCAGCCAGCCUCUGUCCACCCCAGUGGUCUCCAUCACCACACCCAGUCUGUCCCACCAGAGUCUGGUCUACUCCGGCAUCAGUUCCGCCUACAAUAACGAUUACUCCCUGAACAGUGCAGAGCUGUCGGGCUUCAGCUCCCCUGCAGGCUCCUCCUUGGGCUCCAUGACAGCAUGGCAGCAACACCAGCUGAGUUCACUUGGGUCAGCUGGCUCCAGUCUCUCCAUCAACACUAACCACAACAUCAACAUCAAAGCUGAGCCGAUCUCCCCGCCCCGUGACCACCUCAGCCAAUCAGGAUACAUAACCCAGGCUCAUGCAGCUCCUCCUCCUCACCAUCACUCCUCCACCUCCUCAUCUGUCAGAGCAGAGAUGGGGAGGUCCCCUGCAGACAGCAUCAGCUCCUCCUGCAGCUCCCACGAGGGUGGCAGCGACCGGGAGGAGCAGCAGCGGCCGGACUUCCAUCUGCUCCCCGUGACUCGGUCAGAGAGUCCAACGGUCAAACGAAUGCGAAUGGACAGCUGGGUGACAUAAAGCCUGCAGUCACAUGAUGACACAAUACCAGGGCAAACACAGGAAGGACACUGUUAUGCAAAUGAAAUGUGGAUUUUAUUGAUGUGUUAUUUUUAAUCAAGAUACUUCUAGUUGUUUUAUUUGUUGGUCAGACUUUGGAAAAAGGGUUGAAAAUCAGUCAGAUUCAUCUCAUCACCUUUCAGACAAUCUUCAGUGGUACUUAAACGCAACACGCCAUCCUUUCAAAGUAUGUAUCAUGUAAACAUUACAGACUGAAAAUGUGGGUCCAAUUGCAGUACAAUCUGUCAUUUUCUUACCUAGUGGGAUGCAGUACAGUGCACAGAAGAAGGAAAAGGUGAUAUGAAUGUUGUCUGUCCGUUUUCUGUCUCCAUGAUUCGGUUAGUACAGAUGUGAAGUGCUUCUGCUUCUGUCUCCCACUGGGUGUCACACAUUUCACUUCUGAUCUUCUCAGGGUUUGAAACAUUGAAUGAGUCCAACAUGAAAGCAAUACUCCCUCCACAUCAUCCCUGCCCUUCCUCUGAAUACACUUAUUUAUAUCAGCCAAAGCAGUAUGCUGUUCUUAUGUUGUUUGUGUGUGUUUUUAUAUUGUGCUCAGAAUAUGAUAAUAUUUCAUCAAGAUUUCAGACUGAAAGCCAUGGACACUUGUUCUGUAUGUACUACAGAAGUAUGUCGUUAAUGUUUUGUAUAUACUAUCUUUAAUAUAUAUCACUUUUGGUGUAACUAUAUAUUGUUGAUCUGUUGUAUCUGCCUGGGUAAAACAUGACACCUCCACCGGAUUUUACAAAAGGAUACUUUUGUGGAUGAUUACCAGAAUUGCAAGGCACUGUGCUAUCUGUUUUGUGAAGGGCGCUGUGUUGCACAGUCUUAACACCAGGUCUUUUAAAAUAUGAGAAAAAUUGAGCCUUUCAGAAAUUAAGACAAAGAUGCUGAUAGAGACGAAGAGGAAUUCUGAUUUUGCAUGAUAUCCCCAGCAGGAAUAAAUCUGGUCACACUGAUCAGUAAGAGAAUCGAGGGGCUCAUAUGGGAUGAGAUGAAAUCUGCACAGGGAAACUCACACAGGGUCACAUUACUCACAGAUAAAUACACACCUAACAACUGCAAAUGUUGUACUUACA